AUGCUGCGCUCCACUGGCUUCUUCCGGGCCAUCGACUGCCCCUAUUGGGCUGGAGCGGCUGGGGGUCCCUGCCGGCGACCCUACUGCCACUUCCGGCACCGCGGGGCCCGGGUCCCCGGCGCGCCCGGCGGCGGCGGAGCGGCGCCCCCCACAGCAGGCCUCAGCUAUGACCCGUACAACCCCGAGCUGCCCAAGCCACCCGUGCAGAGGGAGAAUGGCAUCCUGGGCGGCGAGGACAAGCCCCGCUCGGACAUGCUGGAGCUGGAGCUGGUCAACCAGGCCAUCGAGGCUGUGCGCACCGAGGUGGAGCUGGAGAAGAGGCGCUACCAGGAGCUCUUGGGCUCGGCCCGGGCGGGCGGCACUGGUGAGGCCUCUGCGCUGGCGCCCCGCGGCCCCGCCACCCCCGCCGCCGACCUGGGCGAUGAGGAUGCCUUCCCGCUGUCCUUCGACUACCACCCUGGCGGCCGCGGCUCACUGAGCCCGGAUGCCAGCUACCAGCCCACGCCGCUCGCCGCGCCUGCCGAGCCAGGCGGCAAGUACUCCCUGGAGAGGGGCCCGGGCCGGAGUGGCGCCCUGGAGUACGUGCCCAAGGCUGUGGGCCAGCCCCGCAGGCACGGCCGCCCUGUCCCCAGCAGCAAGUACGUCGUGGACAAUUCCAAGCCGUCCACUGACCUGGAGUAUGACCCGCUGUCCAACUACUCGGCCCGGCUGCUGAGCAGGGCCGGCUCCAGGGAUGAGAGGGCCCCCAAGCGGGCCCGGGGUGCCCCUGGCCGUGAGCCCUACACGCCGGCCCCCAAGAAGCACUGCGACCCCUUCGGUGGCUGCGACGCCCGCUUCUCAGACUCGGAAGAUGAUGCUGCGGCGGCCCCCGGCAACAGGCCCACUUCCGCCAGCCCCCCGCAGGCCCCUGCAGGCAGCGAGAGCCAGGCCCCCAGGAAGCAGCCCUGCAGGGACGUCCUGGAGCCCGAGGAGGGCAGCCAGCGCGAGACCAAGGAGAUGGCUGUGCAGUAUGACGUCGGCGACCUCGGGCAGCCCCCGCAAGGCCCAGCCGCACAGGAGCGGGGGACCCCCAAGGAGGCGGACUCCAAGAAGAAGAAACGUGGGGAGCCGCCGCCCACCAGCCACAAGGACGGUGCGCGAAAGAAAGACAAGGGCAGGGGCCGGGGCCGAGGGAAGGCAGGCGAGAAGAGGACCUCGCAGGCUGCCAGCCCCCGGCGCCAGGUGGAGCGGCCGGACGGGACCAAGAAGAAGCCAUCCUCGGCCACCACGCUGGCCAGCUCAGGGAAAUCGAGGCCCGACCGGCCCCUGGAGCCCCGGGUUGCCCACAGGAAGCAGGGCGAGCUUUCUUCCUCGGGGAAGCUGGCCACGCGCAAAGCCCACUCGCUGGACGAGGGCGGCUCCCGGGACGCCCCCAAGCUGAAGCGGCGUGCCCUGAGCCACGCCGACCUCUUCGGGGACGAGAGCGCGGACGAGGACACGGGGGCACCACGGGCCUGGCCCCCUGUCCUGCCCAGUCUCAGCUCAGACUCAGAUUCGGACUCCAGCCUGGGGCUGUCAGCGGCUGAGGAGCAGGGCCCGCCCAAGCGGCUCAAGGCCUCCCCACCCCCGCCCGCCUCCCCGGCCCCCUCCUCCUCCUCCUCCUCGGGGGCGGACGUGGACUACACGGCCCUGGAGAAGGAGGUGGACUUUGACUCAGACCCCAUGGAGGAGUGUCUGCGCAUCUUCAACGAGUCCACCAGCGUGAAGACAGAGGACAAGGGCCGGCUGGCCCGCCAGCCGCCCGAGGAGGAGAAGAGCGAGGAGAAGGGGCGUGCGGGCCUGACCACGCUGUUCCCUGGGCAGAAGAGGAGGAUUUCCCAUCUUGCCAAGCAAGGGAAGGAGGCAGAGCCCCCGAGGAGAGCCCCACCAGUGGCCCCGGCCCGGCCCCUGACCGCCCAGGAGGUGUGCUACCGGCGCGCCCAGCAGGCCCAGCGGGAGUCGGCCAGCUGGCUCCAGGCGGCCCCGCGGCCGGCCGAGAAGCCGUCCUCCGUGCACAUCUCGGCGCCCGGCGAGAAGAGGAGGAUUGCCCACGUGCCCAACCCCCGCCUGGCUGCAGCCCCCACAGGUGCCAAGCGGACCCUGGCGGCCGGUGGCAGCCAGCUCCCCCAGGGCCCUGAGCCCGGUAGGCAGCCCCUGAAGACGCGCACGCUGGCAGGGAUGGCCUCCAAGACCACCUCCCCCGCCGUCCCCAAGCGGGUCGCCCACAGUCCAUCACUGCAGAGUUUAAAGAAGCCCAUUAUCCCCAAAGAGUUUGGGGCCAAAGUCCCCACAGCCAUCCGGCAGCGGUACCUCAACCUGUUUAUCGAGGAGUGUCUCAAGUUCUGUUCUUCCAACCAGGAAGCCAUCGAGAAGGCGCUGACGGAGGAGAAGGUGGCCUACGACCGCAGCCCCAGCAAGAACAUCUACCUGAACGUCGCUGUCAACACCCUCAAGAAGCUGCGGGGCCUGGUCCCCAGUGCCACACCUGGCCUCAUCAAAACCAGCAGCCGGCGGCUGGUGUCCCACGAGGUGGUGCUGGGGGGCAGGUUGGCUGCCAAGACCAGCUUCUCGCUCAGCCGGCCAGGCAGCCCUCGGGUGGAAGAACUGAAGGGGGUCGCGCUGUAUAGCCGCCUCAAGGAGUACCUGCUCACUGAGGACCAGCUCAAGGAGAAUGGUUACCCCUUCCCCCAUCCCAAGCGGGCUGGCGGAGCCAUCAUCUUCACGGCUGAGGAGAAGAAGCCCAAGGACGCCUCCUGCAGGAUCUGCUGUCGCUGUGGCGCCGAGUACCUCGUGUCGUCUUCUGGCCGCUGCAUGCGUGCUGAGGAGUGCAGCUACCACUGGGGGCGGCUCCGGCGGAACCGAGUGGCUGGUGGCUGGGAGACCCAGUACACGUGCUGCUCAGCCGCUGUCGGCUCCGUGGGCUGCCAGGUCGCAAAGCAACACGUGCAGGACGGUCGGAAGGAAAACCUUGAAGGGUUCGUGAAGACCUUUGAAAAAGAGCACCCGGAAGACACUCACCCGGGGGUCUACGCUCUCGACUGUGAGAUGUCCUACACCACGUAUGGCCUGGAACUGACGCGCGUCACGGUGGUGGACACGGACAUGCAGGUGGUCUACGACACCUUCGUCAAACCCGACAACGAGAUCGUCGACUACAACACCAGGUUCUCCGGGGUGACCGAGGCCGACCUGGCCGACACGAGCAUCACGCUGCGGGACGUGCAGGCCGUCCUGCUCAGCAUGCUCAGUGCCGACACCAUCCUCAUCGGGCACAGCCUGGAGAGCGACCUGCUGGCCCUGAAGAUCAUCCACAGCACGGUGGUGGACACGGCCGUGCUGUUCCCGCACCGCCUGGGCCUCCCCUACAAGCGUUCCCUGCGGAACCUCAUGGCUGACUACCUCAGACAGAUCAUCCAGGAUAACGUGGACGGGCACAGCUCCAGCGAAGACGCCAGUGCCUGCAUGCACCUGAUGAUCUGGAAGAUCCGAGAAGACGCCAAGACCAAGCGAUGA